AUGACGUCGAGACAGGCCAGUCAGUAUAAACAAUUUUUGAGGCUGGUAGCGAAAUGGCCGCAAGAUCCACAUAAAAGUGCCGAAAGAAAUCUCGCUCACCAUUUGGAGUUACAAAUACAAAAAUUUCGAAAGGAUCCAACAGUUUUCGGAGAUGACCCAGUAAUUUGUGAGAGGCGAUACAUUGCUCUGGAAAGAAUUCUGAACAACGAGGUUUUGAAGCAAUAUCCCCACGACUACGUUGCCGGAUGUUUUGGACAAAAAUUACAUCAGUUACAGGAAAUUAAUAGCGAAAAUGGGCGAAAAUAUCUGGGAUUCGACAGAGAGUCGCGAUGGAAAACUUUGUGGAAUAAAAUCUUCCCGAAACCGUCCGAUUUUCGAAAAAAG